GCGUCGAGCUGUUAUUAAAGUACGCUCAUAUGUCCCGAACGCUUGCGCGGGAACGCACACACAGACACUGCUUUUCACUCUGAGCGAAGCGAGUUUAUCAUUUCACUCUCGUUCCUCGCGCUGGGUGGGAUUUUGGAGCGCCCCGGGUCUGACAGCUGCAGUGCGCAUGCGCCGAGGGCCCUUUCACUACCUGCCAGCGCGCUCCUUAUUUCACAUGUUGCCGCUCUCGGCUGACAAUCACUCGAUUUAAGUUAUCAGCUGCGGUCGCUUCACCAUGGUGAAGAGGAAAACAAAAAGCGAGCAGAGCUAAGGAGGAAGACGGCUCCUCGUUCACCCCUCCGACUCCAUCGAACGCUUUUUGAGGAUAUACCGAAGGAUGCGUCUGGGAACGUCGCUUUCGUGAAAGUUGCGCCCGGACUUGCUUGCGUUGUUUUUCCCCCCCGUUCCGAGGAAUGAAGCAGCGAGUUUAGAGCAACUUUUUCACGCCGCGUGCUUCCGAGUCGCUCUCUCCCGGCGGAUUUUUACCUGAGCAGGUAGAGCGCACGCCCGCCGUCAUGUCCAAGCCCAUGGAUCACGUUAAGCGUCCCAUGAACGCCUUCAUGGUGUGGUCCCGAGCGCAGCGGCGGAAAAUGGCGCAGGAAAAUCCCAAAAUGCACAACUCCGAGAUCAGCAAGCGGCUGGGAGCGGAGUGGAAACUUUUGACGGAGUCCGAGAAGAGGCCGUUCAUCGACGAGGCGAAGCGGCUGCGCGCGAUGCACAUGAAGGAGCACCCCGACUACAAAUACAGACCCCGGCGAAAGCCCAAGACUUUGAUGAAGAAAGACAAAUUCGCGUUCCCGGUGGCGUACAACUUGGGAGAGCACGAGGCGCUCAAAGUGGGCGGCUUACCGAGCGGAGCGCUUACCGAGUCGUUAAUGAGCAACCCCGACAAGGCGGCGGCGGCGGCGGCGCCUGCGGCGGCGAGGGUGUUCUUCAACCCCUCCAUGUCCACAAACCCCUACUCGUUCUUUGACCUCGGCUCAAAAAUGACAGAGCUUUCCCCGCCGUCGUUCCCGUACGCCUCGCCGUUGGGUUACCCGACAGCGGCGACGGCUUUCUCCGGAGCGGGCGCCGUCGGAACCGGCGCGCACACCCACACGCACUCCCACCCGUCGCCGGGUAACCCGGGCUACAUGAUCCCCUGCAACUGCGCCGCCUGGCCGUCCGCGGGGCUCCAGCCGCCCCUCGCCUACAUUUUACUACCGGGAAUGGGCAAACCGCAACUCGAACCGUACCCCGCGUACGCGGCGGCGUUAUGAGACUGCGGGAAAGUUUCCGCGCGCGCGAAACCAACGCAGCGCGCGCGGAGCACGGACGCGCGACCGUCACGCGCGUCUGUAUCACGAUCGAUGCCUUGACGUGAGGUAAAAACUCGGCGUGGAUACGAACGAGCGAAUCCUUAUCAAUGUGAAUAAAUCUACGAAAAGCCACCGCGCCGCACUAACCUGUUGACUCUGUAACUAGUUUGCGCGCGCGGAGAAAACCGGACGACGCCGUUCCAAGUGGUCGCAUUUUAGCUACAUUGAAAAACAAAAAAAAUACAAACAUUGUUUUGUUAUGAUGAAUUCCCGCGCGGGUUUUUUUUGUCCUCCUCCUCCUCUUCUUCUUCUUCUUCAAAUCAGUCAUGUUGCUGUAAAUGUGUACAGUUUUAUUAAAUCAUAUCUGGUUAGUGCUCCGAAUGCCGGACUAGAAAUCAGGUGUAUAUUUUGAGUUCCGAAUACUAUUCCAUGGAUGUAUGUAAUAUUUAUUGUUCAGUCAGUGAAACGACCCUAUCUGUUGAUCGCGGGACACGCCGUGUCCUUUGAUAUUUGCACAAAGGGAGACCACGAGCACUUAAAAGUGUAAUUUAUUCAAAAGAAACAACAUGCCCAAGUUUCUGAAAUUUCUAGGGGUGCUGGUCCGAUUCCACACCGGACGCGUUCGCGUAAGAAAAGCCGGUCCGUUUUUUUUUUUUUGCUUUUGUUUUUUUUU